AUUUUGUAACCUGGUAACCAGGCUCAAUUGAAUACCAGGUCUGAUAACAAUUUACGACGGUCUGGUAACCAGGCCUAACAGACUUUACCAGAACAGAUAGGCCUGUUUACCAGGCAAAAUAUUUCAUUACUAGCUGGUUACCAGGGCUGCGUAUGCUAUAGGGCAUGCUCCGUCAGCAUGGCCGCGGAGGCAACGCGAGAACAGACUCCACAGUGUCACGCGCCACUGCAAGGCCCCCACACACAAAAAUUACGGCUUCGUGCGUUGCCUUGUGGAUCUCAAUACAGACUAGUUCCCUACAUAACAUGGAAUAAUGUACUAACGGGUGCUCAUACAGUAACCUCGCUACUGUUCGAAAUUAUGGUGCCGAGUUUCUACAAGAGCUGUGAUGCAGCUAGCACGGUAAGAGAUGGACCCAACCGUUGGCACGGGCGCGGCUGGCGCCAUCACCGGGCUCUAAAGCUUGACAGGCAGGGUUUGAAUGCGACACGUCGCCUGUUGUGGGCCUUGCGGUGCACCCAAGCCGUCUUGUAUGGGAACUGUGAUGUUUGAGGAAGUUGGUGCCGGUAAAGUUGCUACUCCUUGGCUCGCACCGUCCUCGUUUGGAGACCCAUAGUAAAGGCACAUACAUAGUACAUGUCCAUAGUAGAUGCCGCAUCCCGUAAAGGACAAGGCGACUGGUAGCCAAAAGCAAGCAAGAAUGCGAAGGUUACAAGACCAGCGUUCUAGGUACGGGAAUGACCCGCAAGGUCAGGGCUUCGCCUCGGGCGUGACGAUGGCCUGAAACCGACCAAUCAACUGGAAUUCGUCCGCGCAUAUAGUAGCAUUGUACAGCUUAAGUUGUGCAUCUAUCGGGAUUACUCCGUAGCUGUCUGCAGCAUCUCUCGCAUCUAGGGCCGUUCAACGGCAACCAACGGCAAAUCCUGCAAGGAGACCAUGACUCGACCAACUUCUAGUCUAACCAAGAAGCAAUUCUUUUUAAUAUUUUGCCUAACCUUUGCAUCGAGUAUACACCGGAGCUGGUCCUCAGCAGAGAGCAACGCUGUUGAAACAUCAGUAACUGGCGCAACAAUUGAGCGAUCCCUUAAAGCUCUUUACGAAGACAAGUCUAAAGGCACAGGAAAUGCGUUGGAAAGGCAACGGUCGUCUGCAAAACAGUUGGAGCGCGGCCAGGGGGCCAUUAUACCAAUUCCGGCCAAGAUCAGCAAGCCAAGCUCCGUUCCGCAGCUGACCGUGGUUUUGGUCACCAUGUUUGACCACCUUCCUCGCGCGAUGGCUGCCCUGGCUGCGGCCUACAAGAACCUGGCUCCGGAGCUGGUGCGCGAGUACAUCGUGGUGUGCCCGCAGGCGGAGGCAGCGGUGCUGGGGCGCACGCUCAAGGCGCCAGACAGCACCGGUGGGGCCCGCUCGCCGCCGCUUCGCAUCCUGUCGGACCAGCAAGCCCUGGGGUUGACGCUUGCAGAGACCAAGUCGGUGCCAUUCUGCGGCUACAGGACGCAGAUGGCGGUUAAGCUAACGGUAUCAUCCCACGUCAGCACUGACCACUACCUGAUCCUGGACAGCGACGUGCUGCUGGUGCGCCCCGUCAACGCCUCCGUGGCGUCCUGGCUCUACCCGCAGCCGGGCAAGUCCGUAUACCACUCCGACGUACGGCGGCGACACGCCCGCUGGUGGCGCAACUCCGAAACCACGCUGAAGCUCAGCGGCUGCGUGCCUAGUGCCCCGGAGACGGAGGUGUCGGGCGUAACGCCUGCGAUCCUGAACACGGCAGUUGCCCGGGCGGUGGUUGACCGUUGGGCGGAGCUGUUUGGGGGGCGGGAGAAGGGCGUGAUGAACAUCCUCAGCAAGCGGGGACCCUACUGGACCGAGUACACUUCGUACCACCUGUUGGCUUGCCACAUGGGCGGAUUCGAUAAGUACCACUCCAAGCCGCUGCCCGGCGCCCCCGCGCUGUACCAGGGCUACUGGCAGCGCGGCACCACCAAGGCGGGGAUCGACGUCUGCGCCAACUGCCUGUUCAUGGUGGUGCAGGACCACAUCGGGGUCAACAUCCGGGACGUGGUCAAGUCACUGGACACGCUGUUUGAUGCCAAGCAGUGGGAGUGAGGUGAUGUGGAAGAUGCUGUGAGGUGUUGUUUGGGCGAUGCGCCUGUUGUUAGUGAUGACCCCUGGAGAGGUGUUGCUUAGGCCUUGUACGCGUUGUGAUUGCGAAUGUGGGGAAACGUGGAUGAUGAUGCAUAUGAGGACGCGCGUGGGUAGAGAAGGAUGAGGUCGUUCCGAGGUGGGGGAGAUCAAGUAGGGCAUGCAAGGGGGUUAAAGGAGCGACUGGCUGCCAUGAGAGUGAUGCUGUUGUUGCUAAAAGUGGAGGGCAUGCAGAGUGCUGGGUGCUGGGUUGGAUGAAGUGUCGUCGCUGGAUGGUGGCUGCUGUGGCUGUUAUUCUUUUGUUGCUUGCGGGAGGCUUAGGAGAGAGAGAGACACGUGUAUCGGUAUUGUGUAUCGCAUCAUGUGGCUGUGCCAAGCGCUGUCAGGCGUAUUAUACGAUAGGCAUUGCUUCAGUGUUCCUGCCUUCUUCGCAUGUAUGCACGUACCGGCAGUCACCUCAAGCCUGCUGCGUACUUCCUUGUGUUCAUGUACUGCUAUAGCUUGCUCGUUUAAGAUAAGGCCCGUAGCUUGGGUGCCAUUCGCCAACGGCCACGUACCCCUAUUUCGCACACUGCUCGUGUAUCGCCUUCGCUGCUGUGAUGCUUGCAUUCUAGGUAUGUCCCCUAGGUUGCCAUCACUGUUUACUGUUGUUGUUGAGGCAGGAGAAGGGGCUAGGGAUAUGUGCUGGUUGUUGAUGAUAGGACAUUCUUGGAGCAGGUUGCGGAAGGUCACUCAGGGUGGGGUUCGGAAGGCCUUUGCACGGUGGUUACGGCGGGCGAGUACCAGGCAUGCAGCGAUUGAGGAUUUGGUGCAUACAACAUGCAAAUGCGCUGCGUGGCCUUGCUUGAUUGGCAAGGCGCCGUCGGCUCUUUAGGGGGACAAAAAGUAAGGACGCCAUGUUCUAAAGCGACUGAACUUCGACCGACUGCUGCCAGG